AUGAUUUUCGUGUUCUUCUUCUGCAUUGUUAGUUUGAUACUUUGGGGUGUAUUCGUCACAACUGGCUACCUUUGCUACCUCGUUCGGCAUUCCAAUCAUGGACAAAAGAAAUAUCUGCUUAAUCCUCAAGUUGAAUCUGUAUCACUCUGUGUUGUGUUGGGCUCUGGUGGCCAUACCACGGAAAUGUUGGAAUUGCUGAAGCAUCUCGGAGCUCGGUACACUCCACGGUGGUAUGUUGUAGCAGAUACGGAUCACAUGAGCAAGGAUAAGGUACGAGAAUGCAGCUGUUCUACACUUUUCCACAAUUAA